CUCUGCACCAAUCGGAAGCGGUCCAGUCUGUGCGUCGCCUCCUGGAGCUUGCUGUGCACGCGUUGGCCUCCUAGGCAGGACUGCAAAGGGCAGUGGUGCCGCGCUAUGGAGCUCUCCGAGAACGCCACAAUGCGCGGCCCGCUGGCCCUAGUGUCUGUUAUCCUCCCGGUGCACAACGCUGAGCAGUGGUUGGAUGAGUGCCUGAUGUCUGUUUUGCAGCAAGACUUUGAAGGUGUCAUGGAGCUCUCUGUUUUUAACGAUGCCAGCAAGGACAAGUCUAGGGCCAUCAUUGAAAAAUGGAAGGUGAAACUGGAAGAUUCUGGCAUCUCUGUAGUCAUUGGAGGCCAUGACUCUCCUUCUCCCAGAGGAGUUGGAUAUUCUAAAAACCAAGCAGUCGCACAGAGCACAGGGUCUUACCUUUGCUUUUUGGAUUCAGAUGAUGUUAUGAUGCCCCAGAGAGUAAGGAUGCAAUAUGAAGCUGCUGUUCAGCACCCAACGAGUAUCAUAGGAUGCCAAGUGAGGAGAGAUCCCCCAGACUCUACAGAGCGAUACACACGUUGGAUCAACCAGUUGACAUCUGAUCAGCUGCUGACACAGGUGUUCACCUCCCACGGCCCCACGGUGAUCAUGCCUACCUGGUUCUGCUCUCGAGCCUGGUUCUCCCACGUGGGCCCAUUUGAUGAAGGAGGACAGGGUGUUCCAGAGGAUCUGCUGUUCUUCUAUGAGCACCUCAGGAAGGGUGGUGGCAUCUUCCGGGUGGACUACAGCCUGCUACUCUACCGGUAUCACCUGCAUGCAGCCACACAUUCAGUCCUUGAGAUGACCAUCUGGACGCACCGUGUCCACUUCCUAGAGGAACAAGUCCUACCUCACUGGAAGUCCUUCACCAUCUGGAAUGCAGGCAAGCAGGGGCGUAAGUUAUAUCGCAGCCUGACUGCAGCCAGCCGGCACAAGGUGGUGGCCUUCUGUGACGUUGACGAGAAGAAGAUCAGGAAGGGCUUCUACCGCUACGAAGACUCACAGGAAAGACCCAAGCCAAAGGUCCCCAUCCUGCAUUUCCAAGCAGCCCAGGCGCCCUUUGUCAUCUGUGUGAAGUUGGACCUCACAGGAGGUGAGUUUGAAGACAACCUGAAGUCGCUGCACUUGCAAGAAGGCCAGGACUUCGUCCACUUCAGCUGAGGCUGCCGCCUAGACAAGACAUCAAAGCCUAUCUCACACAUGGCCUCGUCAGCUGCUCCCAGCCAGGCUUUCUUCUACUCCCAACAGAAAAUGCUGAGUCUAGGAAAGAGGUGUUCGAGACUGGAAUGAAGUGUGAGCCAGGCCGCAGGCCUCCAGAAGUCCCUGCCACCAGGGCAGCACAACAAACCUGCAGACUUAGGCCUAGAAGUGGCUCCGGUAAAGACACUGAGUGCUUUCAAGUCUGGCUAUUACACUGAGAGGACAUGUACUACCACAGGCCUUGGCCACUUCACUGUGAGCUGUUACCUUGAAUUCUGCCCAUCCUCAACAGCUUAAUGAGCCUCAGGAGGCAGAGGAAGCAGACAUGGGACUCCCACAGCAGGACAGGUAGGCAUGCAGGCCCUGGGACCAGAGUUGCCAUCCAAAUGCCCACAGGGAUUCUGGCUUCUGAUGAUCUCUUGCUCAGACCAUUGUAGCAUUGUUGAUGACUUAGCUGGCUGAGCAUAUGGGAGGUGAGCUGCCUGUCACUUCAUCUGCCCAGCACUUCAGACUAUACCAGGGUGUGAAACGCCCCUCAUGCUACAGGAAUCAUACAGCAAAGCACUGAAGGGGAGGGAGCCCACAGCAGAUCCUCCAGCUCCUUUUGCAUAGGUGGCCCAGAGAUAGGCAGAGGCUGGGCUGUGUGAUACAUGAUUUAAUGAGAAGCAUGUCUGUGUGACAGCAAACGUAUGGGCAGUCCAGGCCACCAGAGCACAGCACGCAUGAGGAAUUACUGCUCUCUGUGGAUGGCCUCCCAAUCCAUCUAGCAGCAGGUGCUACUUUCUCAGACGUCUGUGGCACCAAGUUUCCAUGAUGGUAAAGCUUGUGGAGCCUCAGGGCGAGACAUCCCAGGUAGGUAGGCAAGGCUUAGCUUCCUGGAACAGGCUGUAAAGAGACAUGGAAACAUCAGGCUGGUAGCCACCUCACCCUCUCUUGAUAGAUGGCUAAGUCUGCUGUGUCCCAGAAUCCUGGCAGCUUGAAUUGUGUAGUAAUUGCUCUGUGGCCUUGUAGGAGGAGUACAUUAGUAAACUGUUCGCAUAUGU